ACCAACGAGAUCAUAUUAUCCAUUUCUCCCGUGAAUUCAUGAACACAGGAGCAACUACCUCCAGGAUGUCUCUCUCCACCGCCGUGAUCCGCGGCUCCACCACCAUCUCCCACCGCACUCGCCCGUUCCGCCUCCCCAUACACUCCAUUAGGAUUCUUCACGAACUCAAAUCACCCUUCAAAUUUCCCUCAAAUUCACCACAUUGCCGCGUUCUGGUCGUCCGUAGCUCAAGCAACAUCACUGCCAAGCCUUCAUCGGAAUUUCAGACGAAGUCCCGCGGUCCUAGUCAGGAAGACAAGCUGCACGCCAUCCGCGAACUAUUUUCGAGGCCAGAAAUUAACAUCGACGCCUAUAUCAUACCUUCGCAGGACGCCCACCAGAGUGAAUUCAUUGCUGGGUGUUAUAUGCGGAGAGCAUAUAUGUCUGGUUUCACUGGGAGUGCAGGAACAGCAGUUGUCACUAAGGAUAAAGCAGCCUUGUGGACAGAUGGGCGCUACUUUCUGCAGGCUGAGAAACAGUUGAGCCCUAGCUGGAUUCUCAUGCGAGCAGGUAAUUGGGGUGUGCCCACACCCAGCGAGUGGCUCACUAGUGUUCUCUCACCUGGUUGUAGGAUUGGAAUUGAUCCCUUUCUAUUUUCAUCCGAUGCCGCAGAAGAACUAAAAGUGGAAAUGAGUAAAGGAAAUCAUGAAUUGGUCUGCAUAUCCAACUUCAAUCUUGUUGAUGAAAUUUGGAAAGAAUCAAGACAGCAGCUUCCGAAAGAACCAGUUAGGAUGCACGACUUAAGAUAUGCCGGUGUAGAUGUCUCGUCAAAGCUACUAUCGUUGAGGACUGACUUAAUCAAUGCUGGUUCAUCUGCAAUUGUUGUUACAAUGCUAGAUGAAAUUGCCUGGCUAUUGAACUUGAGGGGCAGUGAUGUUCCACAUUCACCUGUCAUAUAUGCAUACUUGAUUGUGGAGAUUGAUGGAGCACAGUUAUUUGUUGAUGAUUCUAAAAUCACACCAGAAGUUAGGGAUUACUUGAAUAAUGCUGGCAUUAAACUGAGAGCAUAUGAAUCCAUUAUUUCAGAAAUUGAAAGUUUGGCAGAAAAAGGUGUGAAUCUUUGGCUGGACACAUCAUCUGUUAAUGCUGCUAUCACAAAUGCAUACAAGUCUGCAUGUGAUAGAUACUAUAGGAUCUGUGCAGUGAAGAAGGGAAAUAAAAAGGGCACAAAUCAUGAUUCCAAUGGCGAUUCUACGGGACCCCAUGCAUUAUAUAGGAGUUCUCCUGUCUCUAUGGCCAAAGCCGUGAAAAACAGUGCAGAAUUAGAAGGCAUGCAAAACUGUCAUCUGAGAGAUGCUGCUGCUCUAGCAGAAUUUUGGGCUUGGUUGGAGGAAGAAAUCUGCAAGAACGUGAGUUUGACAGAGGUAGAAGUUGCUGACAAACUUCUUGAAUUCCGUUCAAAGCAAUUUGGUUUUCUUGACACAAGUUUUGACACCAUAAGUGGUUCCGGCGCGAAUGGCGCUGUCAUCCAUUACAAACCAGAGCCUGAUAGUUGCAGCACUGUGAGUCAACAUGAACUUUUCCUUUUAGACAGUGGUGCUCAAUAUGUUGAUGGAACAACUGACGUAACAAGGACAGUCCAUUUUGGUGAGCCGUCUUCACGCGAGAAAGAAUGUUUCACUCGGGUUCUGCAGGGUCACAUAGCUCUUGAUCAGGCUGUCUUCCCUGAAAACACUCCAGGUUUUGUACUUGAUGCAUUUGCAAGGUCACCCUUGUGGAAGGUUGGCCUUGAUUACCGGCAUGGAACUGGGCAUGGUGUAGGAGCUGCAUUGAAUGUCCAUGAGGGCCCACAAAGCAUUAGUUUUCGAUUUGGAAACAAAACUUGUUUGGUGCCAGGAAUGGUAGUCAGCAAUGAGCCUGGCUACUAUCAAGACUAUUCCUUUGGCAUUCGGAUUGAGAAUCUUCUUUAUGUCAAGGAAGUGAACACUCCAAAUCGUUUUGGUGGAACUGGGUACCUUGGAUUUGGAAAGCUUACUUUUGUCCCAAUACAGACUAAAUGUGUAGAUUUAUUGUUACUCUCUGCUGAUGAAAUUGGCUGGCUAAAUACUUACCACUUGCAAGUCUGGGAGAAGGUCUCGACUUUACUUGAUGGUCAGCCGCGCGAAUGGCUGUGGCGCAACACCAGGCCCGUCGUCAAGCCUGUAUCCUCAUUGGGUUCUUAAUUAGUUCGUUGGUGCGAAUUUGUAAUGAGCUGACCGCUGCAUUGUACAAUGUAAGAUUGAAAAGUUAAGGUUCAGUGGUGUGAUAGACAUUUCGUGUAAAGCAAACUUGUAAACCAGAGAUAUGGUAAGCAUAGCAGCCUGUCUUUGUUCCAUUGCACGCCUUUCAAAAUCGUAAUAGUUUAAUGAUGCUCAAUUAGAAGUUUAGAACAUUGGAAAAUGCUAGAAAGGAAAUUAUACUCCGUAUGAAAUUUGGAACA